CCAUGUUGUGCCAGGCGGCCGUCCGCAGCGCGCCCGUGCCGGGGCAGUUUGACGACGCCGAGUGCUCCGACGGUGAACUUUCGCAGGACACAGAAACACCCGUGGAAGAUGGGGUCGCUGAGAAUUCCCAGUCACGCUUGCACGAGGAAGGCAAUGCUGAGGAAGGAGAAGAUGACGAUGAUAACGAUGAAGAGGAAGGUGAUGAUGACUGGGACUGGGAUGAUGAGAUGGGAAGACUCAUGAAGUGCCACAGUACUGCUGCUGGAUGCAAUCCACAGGCAAAUAGACAGAACCCUAGUUACUGUUCUGCAAAAAUGUCAACCCCUACAGACAAGGCCUUGAGGAAAUUUGAACAUAAAAUUAAUUUGGAUAAGCUGAAUUUUGAUGACUCCGUUAUAAACAGAGUCACAGAAAAGUCUAGACAGAAGGAAGCAGACAUGUACCGAGUCAAAGAUAAGUCAGACAGAGCAACAGUAGAACAAGUGUUGGAUCCAAGGACUCGAAUGAUUCUGUUCAAGAUGCUAACAAGAGGUGUCAUAUCCGAAAUCAACGGCUGCAUCAGUACAGGGAAAGAAGCCAACGUAUAUCAUGCCAAUACUUCAAAUGGAGAGAAUAGAGCAAUAAAGAUUUACAAAACAUCUAUUCUGUUGUUCAAGGAUCGGGAUAAGUAUGUGAGUGGGGAAUUCAGAUUUCGUCAUGGAUAUUGCAAAGGCAACCCAAGAAAAAUGGUGAAGACAUGGGCUGAAAAAGAAAUGAGGAAUUUAAUAAGGUUGAAUACAGCCCGGAUACCCUGCCCAGAGCCAAUUAUGUUAAGAAGUCAUGUGCUUGUCAUGGGCUUUAUUGGUAAAGGCGAUAGGCCUGCUCCUCUGCUGAAGAAUGCUCAGUUAUCUGACUCGAAAAUACGGGAGCUGUACCUGCAAAUCAUCCAGUACAUGAGAAGAAUGUACCAAGAUGCCAGACUUGUUCAUGCAGAUCUCAGUGAAUUUAAUAUGCUGUACCACAGUGGGGAUGUGCACAUCAUUGACGUGUCUCAGGCAGUGGAGCAUGACCACCCACAUGCACUGGAGUUCCUGCGAAAGGACUGUGCCAAUGUUAAUGGCUUUUUCCAGAAGCACAAUGUUGCGGUGAUGACUGUGAGGGAGCUGUUUGAGUUUAUUACUGAUCCUUCUAUCACCAGUGAGAACCUUGAUGACUAUCUGUCAAAGGCAAUGGAAAUAGCAUCAAAAAGAACAGAGGAGGAAAGAUCCAGUCAAGAUAAAGUGGAUGAGGAAGUGUUUAAGAAGGCUUACAUACCUCGCACAUUGACUGACGUUAAAAACUAUGAGAGAGAUGUGGAUAUAAUGAUGAAACUGAAAGAAGAGGAUAUGGCAUUGAGUGUUCAGCAAGAUAAUAUUCUCUACCAGACUGUGACAGGGCUGAAGAAGGAUUUGUCUGGUGUUCAGAAGAUUCCUGCACUUCUUGAGAAGGCGGAUGAGUCAGAAACAGGCUCUGAUUAUGAAGACAGCGGUUCAGAGGACUCUGAUUCAGUUUGUAAAGAAUCUCGGCAUCCCAAAGAUCUUCCUGCUGAAGUUACCAUGGAUAAAAAGGAAAGGAAAAAGAUGGUCAAAGAAGCCCAGAGAGAGAAGAGAAAAAACAAAAUUCCAAAGCAUGUGAAGAAGCGGAAAGAAAAGACUGCAAAAAUGAAGAAAGGCAAAUAAAACCAGCUUUGGCUCGGGGAAUGGGCUGGCUUGUUGUUGGUUAAUUAGUCACCAUUUUUUAUAAUUAAAUCUUUUAUUUAUAUACAUACAGUA